CACUUAGGAGAUGUGCUUUCACUCUUCCGUUACUUUGAGGAGGUGGAGAUGGAGGUGAGAGAAGAUAUCUAGCAGACUUUGCAAUCUCGCCCAUCGUUCGCUGCACCCAAACUGUCGUGCGCUACACAUUGACAGCGUUAGAUGUAUUUUUGUACUUUUAUGCGUGAUACACGCGUCGUGAUAGUGUUGGCCAGUCUGAGGGCACCUGCCGUGUUACCUACUUCUCGAAGGGUCCCGUCUAGACUCACACGGAUCCUCUUCGGGGCUAAGACAUGGCGGAGUGGGCGGCGAUGCUGUGGUUUCUCGGCGCCCUUACGCACCUGUGUUCGGUCAGCCAAGGCCGUCCAGCGACGUCCGGCGAUGCCACAGUCUAUGGCGGCAACGACACAAUCUUUUGCCCCAACAUGAGCGACAAGGCAUCACAGGAGAAUACCAGAUACCAAUACCAGCUGCUGAGAGGAGAUGAGCAGCUGCACUGGGUGGAGGUCAACAGCAACCAUUACAACAAAUAUGUGAAGGUCCUCGAUAGCGGAGAGCAGAGCGAGCUCCACGCGGAUGUGGAUGGCCAUCUGUCUUUCCGUCUCUCCCAGCUGGCGGCCAAUUCCUCUGGGCUCUACACCUGCCAUGUGUGUGUUGUCUUCCCCCCUCCGUCAGCCUGCAAACAGAACUCAACCCAGCUCCUGGUUGUAGAGACUCGCUCUGUGGCCGUAAAGCCCACCUGUCCUCCCCAAGUAGACCUGAAGCCUGACCCGACACACACCCUCUUCCUGGUGGCCCUCGGCCUGGUGGCCCUCUAUGGACUACUCCUGACACCCGUCACACUCAUACUCUGGAAAAAAUCAAAGUCCCAAACAUACGAUCACGACUACAUCAACAUGAGACAGUUUGGCCGCCGGAGAUACAAUGGAGUCCAGCAUCCACCAUACCCCCAGAAACAUUAACUUGUCCCAGCCAGCUGCAUGAAGAGAAGUGGAUAUGGGGAAGAGAGGAGAGGAGAUGAGAGGAGGCUGAAAGGUCAUUUAAGAAGAAGAACUGUGAAUAAUCAAAAAAAUCAUUGGUGUAGGUAAUGACUGUAUAGUAAAUGUUAAUACUGUACUACAGCUCAGAUACAUAGUGUAAAGAGUACUUCAAGAUUACCAAAACUAUGUGUGUUAAAUUUGACUGAAGUAUUGAAUAAGCACAGCAAAAUGUUCACCUGUUUAUAAAAAGUUUGAAAAAAACA